AUGGACCCAAAAGUAGUCCUACUGGUAGUGCUCUCCGUCAUAACCCUCGCGAAUGGAGCUAAGUAUGAGCUUCUGAUAUUGGAUGAGGAUAUAUUCAGCAGUUGUCCUGAUCCAGCUGACGGCACACUUGACGUAAAUGGCUUGUUUGAUUUAUCAGAGUUGACAACUUCUAUGGAUGCUAAUGGUAUAACCGUAAGCGGAAAUGCGACAUUAAAAUGGGACAUUCAACUUGAAGAUCGCGUACAGAUGGACGCUAAGCUUUUGUAUAUGGACAGAGGCACCUGGACACCCACAAUGCUCGGAUUUACUGCAAAGGACUUCUGCAAGGUUAUGUACGAAAAAAAUCCGAACUGGUACAAAUAUUGGACGCAGUAUAUAAGAAAUGAUGUCAAGGAUAAGUGUCUUAAUGCUCCCGGGACAAAAUUCAUCUAUGAGACCUAUGUGCUUAAUUUGUCCGAAAGCGUCACGGGUUCUCUUCGGGAAGGUCGAUACAAACUGAACUUCAUGUUUAGAGCUUACGACUCCUCUGGAACCGAGCGGCCCACCCGCAUUUGCUUUGAGUCGCAGGGCGAUUUAUUUAAAGUGUAA